UUUUUUUUUAAUGCAAUGAAGAAGGACCGCAAGCGACGCAGGUGGAUGGUUGUCUCCGAUCCAGCCGACUCCAACCCGACCUCAGCCACCACACCGACACCGGCAGCCAACGACCUCGACAUGAACAUAACAACCCACGGCAAGAUCCGCGCCUACGUCCAGUUCAUCGCCAAAACCCUGAGUCAAGCCCCUAAAACAUCAAUACACAUGUACGCAAAGGAAACAGCUGCCGGCAAACUAGUCACGGUGCUCGAGAUCCUAAAGCGCCAAAACAUCGAGGGCCUAACACACGAGCUACAGUUUGGCGAUACCGCAAGGUCACCAUGUGUGAGAGUCGCCGGAAAGGAGGACGGGCAGGCACAGAAACGGCAAAAGAUCGAUGGCGAGCCGUGGCUGCUGGCAACACUAAAGGUCGUGUAGACUUAGAAGUCAAAGUACCACCAUAUAAAGCGGUACGCUGUGUAGAGGGUGAAGGGAACAGGCAUGAUCAUGAAGGCGAGUGGGAUUACAACGCGACCGAUGCGCAGGAGCGCCUUCACAGCAACACGGCCAACACGAACGGUUCCUCGAAGCACCGAGGCUACAGUGAGAUCCAUUAUAAAUAGCAGCUAGCAAUAGGAGACAAGAGGCAUGUCGUGCAAAGUAUGUACGACUGCGUGGCUCGUGUAUUCGCCGAUCGGGUUCCAGCACCCUUCUCUUCGGCCUAGAAGCUCCGGGGUUCAGUUUAGUGUGUUGUUGGCAAUGUAGAGGCUUUUGA